AUGGGAUAUGCAUUUAUGCUCGUUCUUUUAUUCCCGGCUUUGAUUAUCUUGCAUCUCUUCGUUGCUCCAUACACCAAAGUCGAGGAGUCGUUCCAUGUCCAGGCUGUGCAUGAUAUCUUAGCCAACGGGCUACCUAAAGCCUUCAAUGACCUGCACCUAAAUCGAGAUGAUUACGAUCAUUUCUCUUUCCCCGGGGCAGUUCCCCGAAGUGCCGUUGGCGCCGCGACCCUCGCUAUGCUUUCGAAGCCUGUGCUUUGGUUGAAUGAGGGGAUCAAUCGCCAGCUUCUAGCUCGAGCUAUCCUCGGCCUCUUGAAUGCCUCAUCCCUAGCAGUAUACGCAAGCGGUCUACGCCGCACCUUCGGCCAACCAGUAGCUAUCUGGUACAUCCUGCUCCAAGCAAGCCAAUUCCACCUGAUAUACUAUGCCUCGCGACCACUAUCAAACAUGUUCGCCUUCAGCAUAACAACACUCGCCCUCCGCCUCCUCCUCCCAAACCCCCUCCCACUCCACAACCAAAAACAAGUCAGCCUAGCACUGAUCCUCCUCACAAUCGCCGGGGUCAUCUUCCGCUCCGAACUAGCCCUGCUAGUCGGAACACAAACCCUCUACCUCCUCUUAACAAGCCGCAUAACCCUCAAAACCGCCAUUACAUCCGGUCUAACAGGACUAGCAACCGGCCUCCUCAUCACAAUAACAAUAGACAGCCUCUUCUGGCAACGCUUCCCCCUCUGGCCCGAAUUCUCAGCCUUCCGCUUCAACGUUCUAGCAGGCCAAUCCUCGCAAUGGGGAACACAUCCAUACACAUUCUACUUCGUCAAUGCUAUCCCCCGUCUCCUCGCCAAUCCACUCGUCUACACCCUCCUUAUCCCAACCGCUAUCCGUCAACCAGCAACUAGAUCCGCGGCGCUGGCACUUCUCAUCCCGGCCCUGUCUUUCGUGGCGCUGUAUAGCUUCCAGCCGCAUAAGGAGUGGCGGUUCAUUGUAUACAUCAUCCCCUCGCUGACAGCUACUGCUGCGCUCGGCGCGGCGUAUCUAUGGAAUCAUCGAAAGCGCUCGCUAUUCGCGCGUCUCGCAACGCGCGCACUGGUGGUUUCUACGCUUUGCGCCUUUGCUCUAUCGAAUCUCGUGCUUCUUCCUGCUUCGGCGGCGAAUUAUCCUGGUGGACAGGCGCUAGAUGCUCUGCAUGCAAGGCACGAUGUUUUGUAUAGCGAUGGUAACUUGGAAUUACCGGUCAAUGUCUAUCUGGGGAAUCUCGCUUGUCAAACAGGUAUCACGCGCUUUGUGCAGAGAGAACCUGGGACGGGUUGGGUAUAUGAUAAAACAGAGGAUAAGGCAGUUAAGGCUACGAGGAACUUCUGGGAGCAGUUUGAGUAUGUUGUGUUCGAGGCGGGGGGUGAGAGUGUGGAUAUAGAUGAAACUAGUCUUAGACUUGCACUUCCUGAGUCGGUGUGGGAGAGGGUGGUUGUUGUUGAUGCUUUUGCGGGAGUUGAGGUGUUGAAGCCUGGUGUAUCUGCUCUGGGGUCUGCGGAGAGACGUGUGAUCGGUGCUGUUUUCGGUGAGACUGGUGUUGAGAUGUUUGAGGGAUUGCGGGAGUAUUUGAGAAGGGUUUUGAGGGGUUGGUGGGUUGAGGUGAGGAUGAGGCCGAGGGUGAAGGUUUUGAGGAGGGUGAGGGAAUUGUAA